AUGAAGAUCCCUCUGUGGUACCUGCUGGUGCUGCUGGCGUGUCUCUUCAGCCCUGGACGCAGUGACUGCCAGGGGGAGUGUGUAGCAUGUGGUGUGCUAAUGCAGCAGCAGCAGCUGCAGCAAGCCUUCAACACCAUGGUGUGUUUGUUGGAGUGUGAGGGCCACGUCUCCUCUUCAUUCACAUGGAAGUGGUGUAAACAUGCUGUAAAGCUAUCGAACCAACCUACAAUUCCAGAAGGGGGCGCUCUGUUGAAGAGAGCAGGAGGGGAGCUGGAACUGACCUCUGUUGACCUGAAGUCAGACAGCGAGCUGCUGCAAUCUUCAGCUGCAGAGCGCUUCCAGGAGGGGGAUCAGGAUGAGACGCCCUUUGAGAAGCGCAGUGUCCAGUAUGACUCAUCACUGCUGGAAUCCUCCGAGGAGGGGGAGGGCCUGCGGGGUCUGGGUCUCACUCUGGCGGAUAAAGAGAGGGAGCUGAGAGAGGAGAGGAGCACGGAGAGUGACAACCAGCUAGAAUCAGAGGAGGAUGACGCCUCAGAGGCCGUCACCUUAUCCAAACGCUUUGGAGGCUUUCAGCGGGGCCGCCAUGGAUACAGGAAGCUUAUUGGCUCACCCAUGAGGCCCCUACAAAAGCGUUACGGCGGGUUCAUAGGUGUGAGGAAAUCUGCCCGCAAAUGGAACAAUCAGAAACGAGUGAACCAGCUACUCAGGCAGUACCUGGGCAUGAGGAGCAGCCGCAGCGGCCGGUUCAACAACGUCCCCGUCACUCGGGUCUGGAGGCAAAACAAACUCUAAUGUCAUUAGUCCUGAUCUCAAAGAAUCCCACCCUUCUUACCUCAAUCAGCCAUGUUUUCAGCAGCUCACGCCAGUUUC